UUGAUGCGCGUACACGUGGUGGGUCAAUUAUGCUGCUGCACCUGUGUAGUGUGAAGAAUUUGUACCAGAACAGGUUUUUAGGCCUGGCCGCCAUGGCAUCUCCAUCCAGAAACUCCCAGAACCGUCGCCGCUGCAAGGAGUCCUUCCGCCACAGCUACAACCCGGGCCAGUUCCACAGCAUGGCCAUCAGGAACGGCCCCCAUGGCGCCGUCACCAUCCCCCGCUCCACCAGCGACACCGACCUGGUCACCUCCGACAGCCGCUCCACGCUCAUGGUCAGCAGCUCCUACUACUCCAUCGGGCACUCCCAGGACCUGGUGAUCCACUGGGACAUAAAGGAGGAGGUGGACGCUGGGGACUGGAUCGGCAUGUACCUCAUCGAUGAGGUCUUGUCGGAAAAUUUCCUGGACUAUAAGAACCGUGGAGUUAACGGUUCUCAUCGGGGCCAGAUCAUCUGGAAGAUUGAUGCCAGCUCUUACUUUGUGGAACCUGAAACUAAGAUCUGCUUCAAAUACUAUCAUGGAGUGAGCGGAGCCUUGCGAGCUACCACCCCGAGUGUCACUGUCAAAAACUCGGCGGCUCCUAUCUUUAAAAGCAUUGGCACUGAUGAGACCGUGCAAGGGCAAGGAAGCCGGAGACUGAUCAGUUUUUCUCUCUCAGAUUUCCAGGCCAUGGGGUUGAAGAAAGGGAUGUUUUUCAACCCAGACCCUUAUCUGAAGAUUUCCAUUCAGCCUGGGAAGCACAGCAUCUUCCCCGCUCUGCCCCACCACGGACAGGAAAGGAGAUCCAAGAUCAUAGGCAACACGGUGAACCCCAUCUGGCAGGCCGAGCAAUUCAACUUUGUGUCCUUGCCCACUGACGUGCUGGAAAUCGAGGUGAAGGACAAGUUUGCCAAGAGCCGCCCCAUCAUCAAGCGCUUCCUGGGAAAGCUGUCGAUGCCCGUUCAGAGACUCCUGGAAAGACAUGCCAUCGGGGACAGGGUGGUCAGCUACACCCUUGGCCGCAGGCUUCCAACAGAUCAUGUGAGUGGACAGCUGCAGUUCCGGUUUGAGAUCACUUCCUCCAUCCACCCAGACGACGAGGAGACUUCCCUGAACAGCUGCGAGGGCUGCGACGCGUCCUGCUGCAGCCCCUCCUGCUACAGCUCCUCGUGCUACAGCUCCUCGUGCUACAGCGCCUCCUGCUACAGCCCCUCCUGCUACAGCGGCAGCCGGUUCGCCAGCCACACCCGCUUCUCGUCCGUGGACAGCGCCAAGAUCUCCGAGAGCACCGUCUUCUCCUCGCAGGACGACGACGACGACGAGAACAGCGCCUUCGAGUCGGUGCCCGACUCGGUGCAGAGCCCCGAGCUGGACCCGGAGCCGGCCAACGGCGUGGCGCCGUGGCCCGACGAGCUGGCCGCCCCCGCCGGGAGCACAGCCAGAGCCCGGGAAGGUCCGGAGUCCCCCGUGGCAGGGCCGAGCAGUCGGAGAGAAGGUGAAUGUCCUAUACUCCAUAAUUCCCAGCCAGUAAGCCAGCUUCCUUCCUUGAGGCCUGAACAUCACCACUACCCAACAAUCGAUGAGCCUCUUCCUCCAAACUGGGAAGCCCGCAUUGACAGCCACGGGCGGGUCUUUUACGUGGACCACGUGAACCGCACGACCACCUGGCAGCGCCCCACAGCAGCGGCCACCCCCGACGGGAUGCGGAGAUCCGGGUCCGUCCAGCAGAUGGAGCAACUCAACCGGCGGUAUCAAAACAUCCAGCGAACCAUUGCUACAGAGAGGCCCGAAGAAGAUCCUGGCGGUCAGAGUUGUGAGCAAGUCCCAGCAGGAGGAGGUGGUGGGAGUGACUCUGAGGCUGAAUCUUCUCAGUCGACCUUAGAUCUGAGGCGAGAUGGGUCGCUUUCUCCAGUGAACUCACAAAAAAUCACCUUGCUGCUGCAGUCCCCGGCGGUCAAGUUCAUCACCAACCCCGAGUUCUUCACUGUGCUGCACGCCAAUUAUAGUGCCUACCGAGUCUUCACCAGUAGCACCUGCUUAAAGCACAUGAUCCUGAAAGUCCGGCGGGACGCGCGCAAUUUCGAACGCUACCAGCACAACCGGGACUUGGUGAAUUUCAUCAACAUGUUCGCAGACACGCGGCUGGAAUUGCCCCGGGGCUGGGAGAUCAAAACGGACCAGCAGGGAAAGUCUUUCUUCGUCGACCACAACAGCCGGGCCACCACUUUCAUUGACCCCCGAAUCCCUCUUCAGAAUGGUCGUCUUCCCAACCAUCUGACUCACCGACAGCACCUCCAAAGACUCCGAAGUUACAGCGCUGGAGAGGCCUCCGAAGUCUCUAGAAACAGAGGAGCCUCUUUACUGGCCAGGCCAGGACACAGCCUCGUAGCUGCUAUUCGAAGCCAACAUCAACAUGAGUCAUUGCCACUGGCAUAUAAUGACAAGAUUGUGGCAUUUCUUCGCCAGCCAAACAUUUUUGAAAUGCUGCAAGAGCGUCAGCCAAGCUUGGCGAGAAACCACUCACUCAGGGAGAAAAUCCACUAUAUUCGGACCGAGGGUAAUCAUGGGCUUGAAAAGUUGUCCUGUGAUGCAGAUCUGGUCAUUUUGCUGAGUCUCUUUGAAGAAGAGAUUAUGUCCUAUGUCCCCCUGCAGGCUGCCUUCCACCCUGGGUACAGCUUCUCUCCCCGCUGUUCACCCUGCUCCUCACCUCAGAACUCCCCAGGUUUACAGAGAGCCAGCGCACGAGCCCCGUCACCCUACAGGAGAGACUUUGAGGCCAAACUCCGCAAUUUCUACCGAAAACUGGAAGCCAAAGGAUUUGGUCAGGGUCCAGGGAAAAUUAAGCUCAUCAUUCGUCGGGACCACCUGUUGGAGGGAACCUUCAAUCAGGUGAUGGCCUAUUCCCGGAAGGAGCUCCAGCGAAACAAGCUCUACAUCACCUUCGUCGGAGAAGAGGGCCUGGACUACAGUGGUCCUUCGCGAGAGUUCUUCUUCCUUUUGUCUCAGGAGCUCUUCAACCCCUACUACGGACUUUUCGAGUACUCGGCCAAUGACACUUACACCGUGCAGAUCAGCCCCAUGUCCGCGUUUGUGGAAAACCACCUUGAAUGGUUCAGGUUUAGUGGCCGGAUCCUAGGCCUGGCUCUGAUCCAUCAGUACCUUCUGGAUGCUUUCUUCACAAGGCCCUUCUAUAAGGCCCUCCUGAGACUGCCCUGCGACUUGAGCGACCUGGAAUACUUGGAUGAGGAAUUCCACCAGAGCCUGCAGUGGAUGAAGGACAACAACAUCACGGAUAUCCUCGACCUCACGUUCACCGUGAACGAAGAGGUCUUUGGACAGGUAACGGAAAGGGAGCUGAAAUCUGGAGGGGCCAACACCCAGGUGACGGAGAAGAACAAGAAGGAGUACAUCGAGCGGGUGGUGAAGUGGCGGGUGGAGCGCGGCGUGGUGCAGCAGACCGAGGCCCUGGUGCGGGGCUUCUACGAGGUGGUGGACUCGAGGCUGGUCUCCGUGUUCGACGCCAGGGAGCUGGAGCUGGUGAUCGCUGGCACGGCCGAGAUCGACCUGACGGACUGGCGGAACAACUCAGAGUACCGGGGAGGUUAUCACGAUGGGCAUCUUGUGAUCCGCUGGUUCUGGGCCGCGGUGGAGCGUUUCAACAAUGAGCAGAGACUACGGUUACUUCAGUUCGUCACGGGAACAUCAAGCGUGCCCUACGAAGGCUUUGCAGCCCUUCGAGGGAGCAACGGGCUUCGGCGUUUCUGCAUAGAGAAAUGGGGGAAAAUUACGUCUCUCCCCAGGGCACACACGUGCUUCAACCGAUUGGAUCUUCCACCUUAUCCCUCAUACUCCAUGUUGUACGAAAAGCUAUUAACAGCAGUCGAGGAAACCAGCACCUUUGGACUGGAAUGAGGAACUGAAACUUACCUGCCAUUUUCCUGGCCAGUGACAUCACCUUUUACCCUUCCUGGAAUCAACUCUCCUUUGAUUUGGGUAUUCUAUGAUUUUGUUUUCCGACCAAGUCAGGACUGACGAGCUGUGCAUGAGGAACUGCCUUCUAAGAUCUCACCUUCAGGCUUAUCUCCUCUAUUUCCAGUGAACUGCUAGCCUGUAAUGCAAUAUUAAAAAAAAAAGCUGUCUCAA